AUGGCGGGUGGUGCUGUUGUAAACGUCUUCAAGUUCAACACGGGCGGUUUGCCCAAAGAGACCCUCAACGCAAAGCUAUGGUUCGCCGUCUUUGCGUUUGGUCUCAUGGGCGCUGCCCGUGGUGUCGACGAAGGUCUUAUCACGGGUGUCUUUAACUCUCACGCUUUCAAGCAGUCUGUCGGUAUUGACGACCUCGAUAAGGGUGAGCUCGCUAGUAUCAAGGGUACUAUUUCCUCCAUGGUUCAGCUCGGCAGUAUCGCCGGUGCUCUGUUUGCUUUCGUCGUUUGUGAUCGUAUCGGCCGUGUUUGGGCUACUCGCCAACUCUGCUGUCUCUGGAUUCUCGGCAUCGCCAUCUUUAUUGGAAACAACGGCAACAUGGAUGCCGUCUACGCUGGUCGCUUCGUUGCUGGUCUUGGUAUUGGACAGACUUGUGUUGUCGGUCCCAUCUACCUUUCUGAAAUUUCACCCGCUCCCAUCCGUGGUCUCUGCACUUGUAUGUUUACUGGUGCUGUAUACCUUGGUAUCAUGAUUGCCUACUUUGCCAACUGGGGCGCUCAGAUUCACAUGGCGGACACCUUCAACCGCUGGGCUGUCCCUACUUCACUUCACCUCAUGUUCGCCGGAAUCAUCCUGAUUCUCACCUUCUUUCAGCUGGAGUCCCCCCGUUUCUAUAUCAAACAGGGCAAGCGUGAGAUGGCCCUCGAGGUUCUCUGCAAGCUCCGUGGUCUACCCGCUGACCACCCGUACGUUCUCAACGAGAUCACCGAAAUGGACGUUGCCUUCCAAGAGGAGAUGGAGGCCACCCUAGGCAUGGGUUGGAAAGGCCUGUUCAAGGAGAUCCUUGGCAUCAAACGUAACUCGUACCGUCUGUUCCUCACCAACCUCGCUCAGAACAUGGCUUGCUGGUCCGGUGGCUCUGCUAUUACCGUUUACGCCCCGGAUUUGUUCACACUCGUCGGAAUCACUGGUCAAGAGCAGUCUCUCUUCUCGACCGUCGUCUUCGGCGUCGUCAAAUUUGUCGCCGCCAUUAUCUGCGCUCUCUUCCUGGUCGACAUGGCCGGUCGUAAGCGCUCUCUCAUUAUUGGCAUUGUUCUCCAGUCAAUUGCCAUGUUCUAUAUUGCCAUCUUCCUGAACCUCGUCCCCAUCGCCGAAAACCCCGACUUUGUCCCUAGCAAGACGCAGAACCGUGCAUCAACCGCCGCCAUUGCCUUCAUCUACAUCUCUGGUGUCGGUUGGGCCCUAGGAUGGAACAGUGGCCAGUACCUGCUAUCCUCGGAGCUGUUCCCUCUCCGUAUUCGUGGUAUCUGCUCAUCCAUCACCAUGGCCAUGCACUUUAUCUGUCAGUAUGCUGUCAACCGCUCCCUGCCUGAGAUGCUGCUCGAACAUGGAGGUCUCGGCCCUCAUGGAACCUUUUACUUCUUUGGUGUCAUUUCCGUUCUUGGUGGUUUCUGGGUUUGGCUCUUUGUGCCCGAGGCCGCUGGUCGCAGCCUCGAGACUAUCGACAAGAUGUUCGACCUUCCUUGGUACAAGAUUGGUCUUCACGGAAGGAAGUUUGCCGAGGAGUACGACCGCGAACAGGAGCGGAUCUACCACGAUGAGAAGAGGGAAGCAGGAGUUGUUGUUUCCCACAAAGAGACUGCCUAG